AUGAGUGACAAUUCCGAGGUUGUUGAAAUCAAUCAUUAUGAGAUGGUACCCGGUACUGUUCAAUUAAUUGAUAUAACAGGAACAUUAGAUGUUCAAAAAAAUGGAGAUGAUUCAAAUAUUAUUUUACAACCACAACCUUCUUCUAAUCCAAAUGAUCCACUUCGUUUUAGUACGCGUAAAAGAAGACUUCAGUUUUUGUUAUUAUUCGUAUGGUGUGUUUUACAAAGUGCCACGUCUAAUUUCACAGGACCUUUGUAUGACGCAUUUGUUGAAGAUUUACACGUUACUUAUGACCAAAUUAAUGAUACUGCUGCGUUAUGUUUUACUGGGUUAGGUGUGGGUGUAGCUAUUGUGCAACCUUGUGCUGCUAAAUUUGGACAGCGUGUGGUUUAUUUAUCUUGUACAUUAAUUGCAAUCAUUGCUUGUAUUGUUGGAGGAACUGCAAAAGGAUUAACCCUGUUGUAUAUAUUUAAUUUAUUAUGUGGAUUUGGUGCUGCUCCUGUUGAUUCUCUUGCUGAAGUUACUGCUACAAACUUGCAUUUUCAACAUGAAAGAAGUAUGGCUGUUGCUAUGAUCAUCAUGGCUUUGUAUGUUGGUUGUUAUGGAGGUCCAAUUAUUGCUGGGUAUAUUACAGAGAACCUUGGGUGGAGAUGGUGUUAUCAUAUUCAAAUCAUCUUAUACUGUGCUUUGUUUGUUGUGAUGUUUUUCCUGUUUGAAGAAACUACCUUCAAGAGAGAUACUGAGAAGGAAGACGAGUUUGAAGAAAAGAUACUUCAUCAAGUACAAUCAAUGCAAUCCAAAGAGUUUGAUCCAUCUGCAACCAUACAAGAGAAACUAUAUGAAAAGGAUUGUGUAGAGGAAAUUUCUACAUCUUCCGCUACAAAGAAAACCUAUUGGCAAAGAAUGAAAUUAAUUCAAACUGAACAAGCAGAUACUAGAUCCUGGUUGCAUAUUUUCAUUAGACCAAUAUUUUUGAUCUAUUUCCCAGCAGUAAUUUGGGCAAGUGUAUGUUAUGGUGCACAAAUGAUGUGGUUGAGUUUAAUGGCAAAUACCCAAACAUUAUUCUAUGCCAGUGAACCAUACAACAUGUCUGCAGACAAGGUUGGAUUAACCAAUUUAUCACCUUUGAUAGGUGUUAUUUUCGGUAUGCUUUAUGGUGGUCAAUUUGUUGAUUGGUUUUCUAUUCAAAAAGCAAAACGCAAUAGUGGUAUUCUGGAACCGGAGCAUAAAUUAUGGACCAUGGCUAUUCCAUUAGUUACUAAUGCAGCUGGUUUGAUCGCUUAUGGAUUUGGUCCUUAUUAUAAAGCCCACUGGGCUAUCUCUGUUAUCGUAGGUCAAGGAUUACUUGGAUUUUCCAUGGCUGCAACUGGUUCUUUAUGUUUGUCUUAUGGUGCUUUUGAUUGUUAUCAUAAAUUAGCAGGUGAAAGUGUUGUCUUGAUUUUAUUUAUUAGAAACAUGAUUGGUAUGAUCUUUUGUUUUGUUUGUCAGCCUUGGAUUAAUAGCGGAAUUAUCUCAACUACAGUAACAAUGUGUGCUUUAUCAGUUGUCAUUAAUGGAGCUGUCAUUGUAUUCUUGGCUUAUGGUAAGACUUUCCGUAGAUGGACAGCAGAUCCAUAUUCAAGAUAUAGCGAUCCAAACUAUGGUCGUAUUUAG